CUUAGUCCCAGCUCAUUGGCAACAACAAAGCGACCGACCAUAUCAAGUACAAGACCUUCCUGGAUCGGUCCGAAGCCUCAAGAGAAACAAAGCCUUCCUGGCUCCGCAGAAAUGAAACUGCCCAUCACCAUCGGGUUCACUUCACCUGGCUUGCAGCCGCCCGUGUACAUAUGUAGCACGCUCACCAAUCCCCAAUGGGACGCAGUCGAGAUGGAUGUUACGCGUAACGAAAAAGGCGAAUAUCGAUUCAGAAAAACCUUCACUGUCGACGAGGGUGACUAUCAAUACAAAUUUCGCCUCGGUCCCGGUGACUGGUGGGCUACUGAUGAUGGCAAGCCCACUGUCGAUGAUGGCAUGGGCAACAAGAACAAUAUGAUUGUCGUCAAAGAACAGUCGAAGCAGGUCACUGAUACGCCUGUAAUGAUCUCUUCCCUGAGUGAUUCUAAGUCGCAGUCCGCGGUCUCAAAUCCAAUAAAUACCACACCUGUGCUUGUUGAAAAGUUGGCCAGACCUCAUAAUGAUGUGGCGAUGGAGCACAGUGCGCCAAAGGUCCUUCCAUCGGCCACGUCGGACAUUGAGUCGAUGUGGAGUUCAGAGCCACCCGAGGACGCAAACGACGAGCCCGAGUGCCCACCACUUCUGCUUCACGAGACUGUUGUGCCGAGCUCAUUCGAGCAGGAUCAAGCGCCGCUCUUCCGCCACGAAACUGCCACUAUUAAGAAUGUGCAACACGAAGUCGUGCGCCACGAAGAAACAUCACCGGACAGUGGUGAACCGUCGUGUGACAACGGACCUGUGAUUCCCCAUGAGGCAAAUUUGAUGGAUAAGACGCUACAGAAAUUUCUCACUGAUGUCGAGUGGAUCCGAGAGGAGCUUGCAAGUGUUGAUCGACGCGCCUCCGGGGACACGUCUGCUGAACACGCCUUGUCCGACAACGCGAUGAUGACAGACUCCGACGAUCAGCUAGACCAUAUUUCGGAAGGAGAUGACGAUGAAAGUGGAACCCAGGAUCAGCUCGCUGGAAAAUCCUAUGGCACUUUCGAACGGGCUGUUGUGAGUCAAGGCCAAAUGACACCACCAUUGACACCGAAAUGCCCGGCAGAGGAAGGCUUCAAGCAAGACAAAAAGCGCGAGCCGGAUACAUUAGCGGACUCAUCCAAGCCUGGGGCCAUUCAACCGGACCACAAAAAAGCCCAUCACCACAGCCAUGAGAGUCUGAUCUCAAUAGUCCUUGUGGCAAUCGGAUGUGUCAUUGCUGUUGUCACGGUUGUCUUUGGGGUGUUUUUCGUUGUGCAAGACGACAGUGCUGUAUUGGCAGAACACUGAGUGUUUGGGCCGGUAUCAUGCGUGCUUCAUUUAUUACCUAUCCUAGUUACCUCUCACCUGCGAUGCAUAUUUGAAGAUUAUGGAAUGAG